CUCCAAGAAAACAUGUCUUCUGCAGAGAUAACGCACAGGUGAUGUCCUACCUCCCUCCAAAGCUAAACCACCUCUCUCCUAAGCUAAGUAAGUCAAAUCCACGGUCUGCUCUUCAGAAAAGCAUGGACCCAGGAAAAUUUUUGUAGGACGGGCUUACAGAACAGCGUCGUUUACAUGAUUUCCUGCUCGAAGCGACAAACAGGAAUAUAACGUCAGCUGGAGGUCUACAGCGAAUGCUGUUUGAUCUGGUCUGGAUUCUUCUGGACCACUCUGCUCGGGCUCUAAUCGAGUCAAACAGACUAGAGGGCCUGACCUGUUUGGGGAUGGCAGACGCAUCAUGGCGUCGCGUAGAUUCCGGUAGCAGACGAAUGGCGUUGGGUGCUACAGUACAACGGUUCAGUAAUGGCCGACGACUAUGGCGUCGGGUCACACGUGUAGACCCACUUGUCGUAACUCCGAGUUAAUUUCGAGUCCGGCCAGAUAAAUUUCGCAUACAACGUACAGUACUACUACGCACGAACGGGUUCAAAACAAAGUAGCCGAAGUCGGAUAAAAUUUGAACCUGCUCUUAUCGACAUUCCGUCACGCCAGCUUCGGAUAGUCGAGUCUGUCUCCGCAGCUGCUGCAGCGAGCGUGCGAAACCCUCCCCUUUUUUACGCCUAAUAGGCGUCUACAGUCUGAAGCAAACGAAACAAAAUGCCGAGGGCUCUGCGACUGCGACUCCCACUGGUCGCAUACACGCUUGGAGUCGCAGAGCCCUCUGGGCGACGGAUCUGUUUGAUACGGUUGCGACGUCAUCAUUUUCGCUCCCGGCGCUCCCGUGGUUGCGAUUGGUCCGUCAAGCCACACUCCCUAUUUCAAACAGAUCCGUCGCAUUAUAGACUGCUCUCAUGAUUUCAAGGGCCUCGUAAACAGAACUUACUACUCACCUCGCCUCGCCUCGCCAUAUCCAAGGGAUCAAAUCGGGCAGAUCGCCUGAUCGAUACUGUAAUAGAGUUCUGCUCGUGCGUUGUCUUACGCGAUACCAGCUCCUCGCAACUCGCGGCGCCUUGGCGAUUUUCCAGGCACCUAACGUAACCGCCCUUUCCUCCGAUCGCCAUAGUCUGUUCAUGCGUUGUCCUGUGCAAUGCUGGCUCCUCGCAACUCGCGCUCCCAUGUCCAUUCCUGAGCCACCUGAUAUCACCGCGCAGAUUCGCCUUCCGUGCGUUGCCCUCUGCAGUGCGCUGCUGCCCCACAUAUUGGCCGUGCCAGCUCCCCGCAACUCGCGAUUCCGACCAAGAACCUGCUCACCUGUGGGCUAAAGGCUGACCUGUGGCCAACCUUGUUCCCCCUGUUCCGGCGCCCAACUGUGAAACAAGCCCCCCACGUACAGUGCAGUACCGCUCGCACUCGGUAGCGUUGGCAGGAGCAGCAUUACACCAAUAGCGCGUACGACUCGUACAAAGCACCGUCCGUGCAACCAGCGACUGCUUGUGCAUACCACGCCUUUCGGACGAAAUGCUCUUCUGAUAAGUCGGGGAAUCCAAGGCUCGCGGGAUUUCGAGUCGUUCUGCCAGGAAUUUGUUCUGCGGGGGAAAGAUAGUAGAACCAGGACCGCGGCCCGCUCUUACCGUCCACAGGCCGAGCCGCCGAGCCAGCGGAACGGAACGGGCGCUUGAUACAGUCCGGAGAAGUACCCCUCUCCCAUGCACAUGAGUGGCGUUUCAAACCACAUUUGUUCCUCCGCAUAGUACUUCCAUUCGAAAGUGCAACCUUUCUACGGUCGGCCCAAGCCUUCUUCCUUCGUCGUUCUUCAUUCAUCCAGGACCCGGCCAGGAACGGGCCCGGUGACAAACCACCGUCCGAGGCGGACUCCCUGAAAAGACCGUUUCCUCGUUGCGAGGAUCUUGAGCCGCCUCCUCCUCUUCCUCAAAAGUUCCGAAUCUACCGCUCCUUCUUCCACCGCUCCUUCUUCCACCGCUCCUUCUUGCACCGCUCCUUCUUCCACCGCUCCUUCUUCCGGAGAUGCAACCGCCUGAAAGUCGACAGCAAGGAAGCUCAAUUUCGAACCCACCUGGUCCCCCGAGCUCCGAAUCCACCCCUCCUCCUUCUGGAGACGGCAACCGCCAGCACGCUGCCCAUCGCUCAGCACAGUGACUGUUGAGUCGACUCAAGAGUCAGCUCCUUCCGGAGACACAACCGCCUGCUCAGGCUGGCCGUCGCCGCUCAGCAAAGCGAGGAGACUCAAGAUUUCCAUCACGGAUUCCGAAUUUGCUGGUUAGCCUGAAACCCUGAGUCAGUGAAUUUCAAGCGCGGCUGGUUGUAUCACCCGGCCAUUCACCCGACCAUGAAGUCGACAGCACGGACACGGAAUUUUGGGCCCGCCUGGACCCCCGAGGAGGACCGCAUCUUGCUGCAGCACGUGGAGCAGCAUGGCACGAGGCAGUGGCGGGCCAUUGCCCAGGCGGGGCUGCUGCCAGGGAGGGACAGCAAGGCGUGCUGCAACCGGUUCAUUGUGCUCAAGAGGAAGUAUUUCAGCUUCCAGGAGUGUCUGCAGGGCCAAUUUCAACCGUUCGUGGAACCUUCCGAGGCCUUUCCUCCAUCCCAGAAGAAAGCAUCUGAAUUCAACCACACAAGUGUAGAGGCUAUGUUAGCCGAGAUUGCUGACACUCUCAAUUGUACACAGGGUGCUGGACCUGGCCCUGCUAUCGAGCCUGCUUCUAUCGAGCCUGCUUCUAUGGAGCCUGCUUCUAUCGAGCCUGAUUCUAUCGAGCCUGCUGCUAUGAAGUUUGCUGCUAUGGAGUCUGCUGCUAUGGAGGAUGCCUUAGCUGAGUUGGCCCACGCUAUUGGUACCAUUGGGGGUGCUGCACCUGACGCUGCUGUGGAGCGUGCUGACAUCAAGCCCACUGUUAUUCAGCAUGCAGCUAUGGGGGAUGCCUUUGCUGAGUUGGCCCACGUGAUUGGUUCUAUCGAGGGUGCUGCUGCACCUGGCUCUGCUGUGGAGUCUGCUGCUACUGCUGCCACCGAUUCUGCUGUUAUCGAGUCAGCUGAUAUGGAGGAUGCCUUUGCUGAGUUCGCUCACACAAUCCGUGCUACCAGGCGUGCUGCAUCUGGCCCUUGCAUGGAGGCUGUUGCUAUGGAGGAUGGCUCACCCGGGUCUACUGCUGCAUCUGCCAGUGCUGUUGUGGUUGGGAACCCAUGGGCUGCUGUGGCAUCUGAUGACACAAGGGCAUGCCUCGAAUCUGUUGCUAUCUUUCCUGCUGCUAUGGAGGAUGGUUCACCUGGGUCUAGUAGCAAGCUUGCUACUGCUGCCACUGCUGCAUCUGCCAGUGCUGUUGUGGUUGGUAACCCACGGGCUGCUGUGGUAUCUGGCCCUUCUAUCCCGCCUUCCACUAUGGAGACUGCUGCUAUCUCUCCUGCUGCUAUGGAGGAUGGUUCACCUGGGUCUAGUAGCGAGCCCGCUACUGCUGCAUCUGCCAGUGCUUUGGCUGAUAACACACGGGCUGCUGUGGCAGCUGAUGCCACAAGGGAUUGCUUCGAAGUGCCUCGAAACAAUGCUUGGGCCACUGCUGCUGCUAGCAUUGCAGCUGGCCGUGCUGCUGCUGCUGCCCCUACGGCUGCUGCUGCCCCAACUUGGGAAGCAGCCAUGGAAGCAGCAGCCACAAGCGACUCUCCUCCUGCCACACUGCACAAGACUGUGCCAGUAACCAUUCAUCCAACACUUGGGUCGCGCAAGGGCUACAACAUCUGUUAUGCUGCUGCUGCUGCUGCUGCUGCUGCUGCUGCUGCUGCUGCUGACCCAACCAGGGUAGCAGCCAUGCAAGCAGCGGCCACAAACUCCCUUUCUCUUGGCACAGCGUGCAAGACUGAGAAUGGGGCUCAUCACGCAAAGCGGUUGCGUGUGGAGAGCAGCACUAGUGCUGCUGCCGCUGCCGCUGCUGCUGCUGCUCCUUUUGCAGUGGACUGGACAAGGGGAGCAGCCAUGCAAGCAGCAGCCACCAACUUCCCUCCCCUUGACAUGCCGCGUGACACUGAGGCUGGAGCUAUGCAUGCAGCGAGGUUGCUUAUGGCGAGCAACACUUGGGGGUGGGGGGCUGCCGCCGCUGUUAUUACAGCUGGCCCCACAAGGGAACCAGCAGUGGACGCAGGAGUGUCAAGCGGGCCUCCCCUUGGCACACUGGCGGAGACUGACGCUGGAGCCAUGCAUGCAGCGGGUGUUCCUUCCCUCAUGCGGAGUAGCGCCGCUGCCCGCAAGAGUGCUCUGGGUUUGCAACACAGGCAGUCUCAAAAGAGCGAGGCUGAUAGGUUCCUGGAAGCUGCUCUGCUAGACCUGAUAAGGCGAUCGGUGGCAGCACCAGUGGCAGCACCAGUGGCAGCACCAGUGGUAGCACCAGUGGCAGCACCAGUGGCAGCACCAGUGGCAGCACCAGUGGCAGCACCAGUGGCAGCACCAGUGGCAGCACCAGUGGCAGCACCAGUGGCAGCACCAGUGGCAGCACCAGUGGCAGCACCAGUGGCAGCACCAGUGGCAGCACCAGUGGCAGCACCAGUGGCAGCAGGGGCAAUCGGCAAGAGACGGAACACAGAGGGAAGCAGCUCCAACUUGGUUACUGGUACGGAACUCGACAACCGCUGGCGCAGGGCUUCUGGGGAGCGGGAGCCGGCUUUGGCGAUGGAGCCACCAAGAGUUUUGGUACCGGAAAAGACCUUCGAGUCGAUUCUAAAGGCCUCUGGGGAGUGGGAGACGCUUUUGGCGAUGGAGCAGCCACGGAGUUCGGUGCCAGAAACUAGCAGCUUGGCAGUGGAGUUGCUGUCGUCGUCCCUUGCCUACUUGUCAUCUAGAGAGGAAGAAGAUCGCUUGCAGAGAGGCAGCCAUGGUCCAAGAGAGGGUCCCUUGCAGCAGGCUCCUCGUGGGUCAGGCUUGAAUGGUGGACGGCUCAGGGGUGCACCUGGGAGCUGGUACGGCUAUCAAACCGGGACUUGUUCUAUUAGUCCGAAAGAGUUGCGGCCUGACUCGCUGUUGGAGGCUAUGGCUAAUGGUAACCUUUUUUGGCAAUAAGGUCGUUCUUGGCUUGGCCGCUCUGCUGCUGUUCUUGGCCUUUUGGAUGAUUUGUUUAGUGACUGAUAUGCGAAGGAGGACAUGGAAAUGAUUGCUACACUCAGCCUCGUAUUCGAUUUUAAACUACAUAUGCUACAACAUUAUGAUAAAUA